GUAUUGUUCCCCUGUGGUUGGCCAUGCCCCUGUGCAUUGUGUGGAGCUUGGGAGAGAGCCAACUACCCUGCUGAUGUGACUGGUUGGGGGGAACAGGGAGGGUGUUUUCCCUGCUGGGCCCAAAUCGUGGCCGAUGUUCCUUCCUCCCUCUGACAUACGCAGUUCGGAGAGAGAGGGAGGCUUGCUGUGGGAAAGGGAUGGUGCUUGUGUAGCUGGGCCACUGUUCAAAACUAUGCAGGAGUCUCUCACAUCCGUGGCUAUGGAUGGCUACUCCAGCAACGUGCCGGCAUUUCUCACCAAGCUGUGGACGCUGGUGGAGGAUCCCGAGACCAACCAUCUCAUCUGUUGGAGCAUUAAUGGCACCAGCUUCCAUGUUUUUGAUCAGGGCCGGUUUGCAAAGGAGGUCUUGCCCAAAUACUUCAAACACAACAACAUGGCCAGCUUUGUCCGGCAACUGAAUAUGUAUGGCUUUAGGAAAGUGGUCAAUAUCGAACAAGGAGGUCUUGUCAAGCCUGAACGGGAUGACACCGAGUUCCAGCAUCUCUAUUUCCUCCAAGGCCAUGAACAUCUUUUAGAACACAUCAAAAGGAAGGUAUCAGUUGUGAAAAGUGAAGAAACCAAGAUGCGCCAGGAAGACCUGAGCAGGCUAUUAUAUGAGAUCCAGAUCCUAAGGAGUCAGCAGGAGACUAUGGAGUGUCAAGUGCAGGACAUGAAACAGCAGAAUGAAGUUCUCUGGAGAGAAGUGGUAUGUCUCAGGCAGAACCAUUCACAGCACCAGAAAGUCAUCAAUAAGCUGAUUCAGUUUCUAUUUGGCCAGCUCCAAUCAAACCCCAGCAAUGCCGGAAUAAAGAGAAAACUACCUCUUAUGCUGGAUGAUGGGAACUCUGCUUCUCAGGUGUCAAAAUUCAGGAGGCAUUUAUCAAUGGACCCGCUCCAUGAGUCCUAUUUCAUUCAGUCGCCCUCUGCUGAACCUGCCUCAUGCUUAAACAGUCCGGCCAUCACUGGAGGGCCAGUCAUAUCAGAUGUUACUGAAGCAUCGCCAUCAAAUGCUGUGGUAAUGCAGCCUCCUCCUGACAGUGAAAGAACAGAAAUAUGCGAUCCUUUAGAUGGUGCUGACUUGAAUCUGGAAGGCCUUCAGAUCUUGUUGAGAAGCCAGCAGUACAAUCUGGAAGCUGCCAGCUCUUUGGAUGUCUUCAACCCCACUGUUUCUGCAAAUGAAUGGAAUUUGAAUGAUAUGGAGGCAAGUUUGUCCUCGUUUGUAUUUUUGCAUCAAGACACAGAAUCCCAGUGUGUAUCUGGAGAAGAAUGCAAUUGAGAUGUCCUACCAAGUGUGAAAGCCUCAGUCCAAUGCCUACUGACCAGGAGAGAUGUCAAUCUUGAAAGCACCCAAUAGCACCUUGCUGGGAAACCACAAAGCCUUGAGAAGCAACUUUGUGAAUGUACCUCAAAGUUCUACCUUCUUAUGCUCAGUCUGGAAAUGCAGCUUCCAUCGUGUCCUUUGCAGACUUCGGGACAAGUCUCCCAUUAAAGCUGACCUCUCCGUUUGAGAAUGACGAGUGAGCUUUUGCUUAGU